AUGCCACUUUCACAUGUAGAUCCUUAUACACGUCUCUAUAAAAGUCCAAAUCAAAUUGUUCCUCAAUAUGCAUAUGAAAAUCAGUAUGAACAACCGAGAAUCGUACAUCCAUACAAUCCCAACAAUAUUGCAUCAAUUCCUGGACGAUAUGUUUGGCUAAAAUGUACUAUAGAAGGAUAUAUUUGUGUCCUAUCGUCCCUUACAGUACUUGCUCUCGCAUUGGCAGCGUUAAUUAUCCCUCUUGUUGUACUAAUACAUGGUAAGUCGAGAAAAUAG